UGUAAGGGCUACUUAUUUCAUAAAACAUUUCAGUUAUGUGUAUGUAUACUUAGUCUAGAAUGUAGGUUUUAUUGUGGGUCUCAAUUUAAAGUAUGAGAAACAGUGUUCUAGGCCAGGGUGAAGUUCUGCAAGUUGGGGCAUAUGGCACACAGAUGGGCAGGCUGUCAGGAUGCUGAAGGCUUGGCUUCUGGGUGUGUAGGACUAUAGUGUAAGGGUCAAGGACAUGGCCAUGGAGUCACACAGCCCUGGGUUUCAUCUCAACUUGCUUCUUAACAGCUAUGCUUGUAGGUCUGGCAUGCUAUUGUUAACGGGGAGAGUGACGUUGUCCUGAGGUUAGUAAGGAAAUGUACAUGUGAUAAACACAUGUGAAAUCUUGAGAAUUAGUUAAGUAGUAAGUGAUGCAUAAAUGCUAACUACUGUUGUUGAUGUUGCUAUUGUUGUUGGGGGUUUUGAUGUUAUAUGAGGCCCUGAAAGGGUGCUGACAGAGAGAAGAAAGAGCAUUUCAGGUAAGAGUGGGUGGGUGGGUGACAAGGAAUAAGCAUGUGUGUGUGUCUGGUAUAAGAGGGCAUGAGCACUGUGUGGCACCAGAAGGUGGUGUUGAAAUUAUAGGGAGAAGAUAACAGGAAAUUUUUGUCCUAGCUUGGGAAAGAACACUGAGCAGUAGAACCUGUUCAACAAUAGGAUGGCUGCUCUGGACUAGCCUGUGCAGUUCCAGGAAGGGCUGUUCCAGAGAUUGUUCUUAGUAGGCUCUUUGGAUGUAGAAACCCCCUCAGACCACCCUCAGAAACCACCUCAGAAGAGGGUUUUCUGGAAAGUAAGUGUGCUCCUGAUCUGAGUCACCCCACACAGAACAUCCGGUCAGUUUCUCUUGCUAUUAGCGAUCGGCUCCUACACUCUACACUAUCAGGAGGAAGCUACCUUAGGGCCUUUAUGCCCCCAUGCUGUUUGAAGUGUUCCCAUCCUCUCAGCUUCAUCCCACAGCUCCCUUGUUGGCAUCCUUUCCGAGUCACUUCACAGAGCCUGUCCACGUACAGAAGAAAACAAGCACAGGAGAGGAAGGGCUUAGCUUGUUGGCUUUGGUGGGUGGUCGGCUGUUGUUUUGUGUUUAGAUUUUAGUUUGAUUUACUGUGUUGUAUGGGUGUUUUGCCUGCAUGUAUGUCUUUGUACCAGUGCUUGUGGAGGCCAGAAGAGGGCAUCUGAUCCUCUGGAACUGGAGUUAUAGACAGCUGGUAGCUGUCAUGUGAGUGCUGGGAACCAAACCCAGGUCCUCUGGAAGAGCAGCCAGUGCUCUUAACUGCUGAGCCAUCUCUCCAGCCCCGGUGGGACUUGGUUGUUGUAGAAAGAAUUCCUUCAUCCAGACAGAUGUUUUCUAGGAUCCUGACAAACUUUGCUGAAGGAUCUUUUAACUGAUUUUUAAAAAAUGGACAUCCUGUGUGGGAAGACAUACCCACCUGUAGUUAGAGAAUAUGCUGAGUGCUAGGUAGGGACAGCCAGGCCUUAGGGUCUACCCUCCCAACAUCCAGAUUAAAUUCUUUUACUGGAAGACAAGUCAUUUAAAGGAGUAUAUUUCCUCAAAAUUUCCUCGGUUAAGGUUUUAAAUUUCAAACAGAUCUUCUGGUUGAUAUACACAUUGAGAGCAAUAGCAGCUGUUUGUCUUUGAGAGCUUGCCUCAUCAUUGGUACAGCCUAGAAUCAGUGGUGUCUUAGAACCCAGGAAAUAUGACCUUUUGUUUUGUACGCUCUUUGAAUUCUGGCUUGAUGUUUGACAUUGGGGCUUUGAAACGGCCAAAGCUAUCAUCUGGCAUCAGUUGAAAGAACUUUGAGCACAUUCCUCUGUGUUUGCAAUUGGGAGAAUAGGUAUUUCUGAGGCCUUACAGCCAUAUUUUACCAACAAAACCAGACCCCAGGGUUGAGAUGUCAUAUAGGCAGGGAUUUAAUCCCAUGGGGAUUCUUUGGCAACUAACAGUUUCAGUUGUAAGUCUCAUCUUCUUUGAGCCUUAGUUUCCUAUCUGUACGGAGGGCUGAAUCAGAUGUUAUCACAUCCAUAACUGCUAGAACUUCCUGUUGACUCGUGGGCACCCUACCCUCUGUUUAGUUAACUAGAAGCCUCAUCCCCGACUUGUUGCAUAAGUGAAUACUGUUAUUGGUAUACACGUCAUUGUGGCGUGGGGUGUAGAGACCUUUGGUUUCUGCUUCUUGGUAUUUGGGGGUUGCCUGAACAUGUAUAUACUCUUGUUAAUUACUUGACCCAAAAGGCUUGAGCUUUGUUCUUAUCCAAGAGAGAAAGAAAGUAUCUUUGUGCCUUGGUUCUGCCUCUAGAUUGAGAGAGAGAGAGCAGUUUAAGGCACAGUGACUAGUUUCAGUGUGUUGAGGGGCCCAGUUUAUUAUCUAGGCAAGUUCUAUUCCAAGGCUGAGCUCAGGCUCAGUUCCCCAGAUAAAGUGCACUCACCAAGAGGACUUGCCUUUUAGUGUCCUGGAGGCCUCAGCUCUGCCAUGGCCCCUCCCUCUGCUCUUGCAACCAGUUAAAGUCACAUCAACAUGUUUCCUUCCGGCAGAGAGAAUCAGAAACUCCAAAACUGGGCCAGGCCAGCUCCACCAUGUCCUGUUCCUGUUCCGGAGAGCUCCCUAGAGCUGCCUCAAGUGCCUCCUACCCUGUGCCCCUUUCAGGGAAGUCAAAUAGGACUGAAUGCCAGCUUUGGGCUGUAUAGGGUCUGGCUUGGAAUUGAGUCCCAGGUUCCUUUCUGAUUUUUUAUCUGACUCUGAGCAGGAUACCCUCCCUGGGUAUGGUAAUCUCUCGAGCCUGUUUCCUCAUCUGUAAUUAAUCCUUCUUCAUACUGUAAAGUACUUACAUUUUUUAAAUGAUGUAUUUAUUUUUAUUUUAUGUGCAUUGGUGUAUUGCCUGCCUGCAUGUCUGUGUGAGGGUGUUGGAACUAUAGACAGUUGUGAACUGCCUUGUGGGUGCUGGGAAUUGAACUGGGGUCUUCUGGAAGAGCAGCCAGUGCUCUUAACCGCUGGCUGAGCCAUCUCUCCAGCCCCCAAGGUUUUGUUUGUUUGUUUGUGGCAGGAUGUCAUGUUUCCCAGGCUGGCCUUAAACUCCUGCCUCUACCUCCAGAGGGCUGAGAUUAUACCCAGUUUAUAAAAUACUACUUUUCUUUUUUUUUUUUUUCCUGGUGGUACUGAGAAUUGAACAUAGUACCUGGCACAUGCUAGACAUCCACUCUAUCACCGAGCUACGUAUUACCAGACCAGGUACUUUCUUACUUGGGGAGUUGGGGAGGAGCUUCACAAAAACACAACAAAGGAAUGUAAGAUUUCAAUACCCCAAUACUUGAAAAUGCACUUAAGGAAAUUGUGUGAGAGAGAGUUGUACAUGUACAUUUGUGUUAUAUGUUUGUCUGCUUUGCCGUGAUUCUGUAGGUCAGAUUAGAAGUAAUAUGUAGAAUGCCUGCACUGAAAGUGUAGUUUCCUUCUCUCUGCCUUUGAGAGUUCUGUGAACUGGAUCUUCAGGGCUGACUCCCCGAGGAAGCGUACUCAGUGGCUGUGCUCUCUGCUUAACACAAGGAUUCUCCCCCAGCCCACCUCUGCCUGCAUUGGUGCUGAUCUGCCUGGGCCGGGCCUCGGCACCUAUAAAUGUCAACCCCACAGGGGUCUGGGAACAAGAGUCUGCUUAGCCUGCCCAGGACUGACACAACUGCUCAGUUAGUAGGUGUACAAAUAUAGAAGGUGGCAUUUGAAGGGACUCUGAAGUGUCUGUAUGAUUUUAUAGGUGGAGACCACUUGGGGAGCAUUCCAGCCAAGGGAUUGGCGUGAGUAGAGGUUGAGAGGUGGGAAAGAGUGAGGAUGUAAUUGGGAAAAGUCUGAGUAACUAGUUUGGCUCAAGUGAUGAAGAGGUGAGCAUGUUAUUUCUGUACUUGCUUGACUAGUUUUUGCGUCCAACUUUACUCCUAGCAUGCUGGCCCCUGAAGAGGCUUAUUUACAAGGCAGGCCCUAGACAGGAAUGCUUGACUUCAGUGCACAGAGGCACACAUCAGCCUUUGCCCCAGAGAGGCAAGGUGUCCCUGGCCCCUUGACACAUUGGGAGAGUAGGCACUUGCACCUGUUGUAUCUGGCCUGUGGCUUUUGCGGCAGGGGCAGCGUUCUGCUCAUCUACAGCAGGGCAUCAUAAGUCUGCAGACCUGAAGGAGGCUGGAGGAAGUUCCCCUGGAGGUGCUGAGGCAGAGGGAGUCCAAGUGGCUGGACAUGCUCAACAACUGGGACAAAUGGAUGGCCAAGAAGCACAAAAAGAUUCGUCUUCGGUGCCAGAAGGGCAUCCCACCUUCUCUUCGGGGACGAGCUUGGCAGUACCUGUCAGGAGGCAAGGUGAAACUUCAGCAGAACCCUGGAAAAUUCGAUGAGCUGGACAUGUCUCCUGGGGACCCCAAGUGGCUAGAUGUGAUUGAGCGUGACCUGCACCGGCAGUUCCCUUUCCAUGAGAUGUUUGUGUCCCGAGGAGGCCAUGGCCAGCAGGACCUGUUCCGUGUGCUGAAGGCCUACACGCUGUACCGCCCCGAGGAGGGCUACUGCCAGGCCCAGGCACCCAUUGCUGCUGUGCUGCUCAUGCACAUGCCCGCUGAGCAAGCCUUCUGGUGUCUGGUACAAGUCUGUGAGAAGUACCUGCCUGGCUACUAUAGUGAGAAAUUGGAGGCAAUCCAGCUGGAUGGCGAGAUCCUCUUCUCACUGCUACAGAAGGUGUCCCCUGUGGCUCACAAGCACCUUAGCCGGCAGAAGAUCGACCCCCUGCUGUACAUGACAGAGUGGUUCAUGUGUGCCUUUGCACGUACCCUGCCUUGGAGCUCCGUGCUGCGAGUCUGGGACAUGUUCUUUUGUGAAGGAGUCAAGAUCAUCUUCCGUGUGGGGCUGGUACUGCUGAAGCACGCACUAGGCUCCCCUGAGAAGCUCAAAGCCUGCCAGGGCCAGUAUGAAACCAUCGAGCAGCUGCGGAGCCUCAGCCCCAAGAUCAUGCAGGAAGCCUUCUUGGUCCAAGAGGUGAUAGAGUUGCCUGUGACAGAGCGCCAGAUUGAGCGGGAGCACCUCAUCCAGCUGCGGCGCUGGCAAGAGACCCGUGGUGAGCUGGAGUGUCGCUCUCCGCCCAGGAUGCAUGGUGCCAAGGCCAUCCUGGAUGCAGAGCCUGGUCCCCGACCUGCCCUGCAACCUUCACCGUCCAUCCGCCUACCCCCAGAUACAACCCUCCUCAGCUCCAAAGCUAAGCCAUCCAAGCAGAUUCAGAAGGAGCAGAGGAGGACAAAGGCCAGUGGGCAGAUGGAAAAGUCCCCAGGCCCCAAUCAAGGCACAGUGGUGACUGCUUCAGGAGAUGCCUGUCCUCCUCAGGAUGUGCCCCCAAAGAACUCAGUCUCCCAGGACCCAGUCCCGCAGGACUCUGCUCCCCAGGACUUAGUCUACCACCGCUCACAGGAGAGCCUGACCUCCCAGGAGAGUGAGGACACUUACUUGUAACCCCGGGAGUUCAGGCCUCCAGGUGGGGUCUCCACACAUCUUACACGGUUCAAAGACUGACAACACUCCAGGUCCUGUGUACCUGAAGGCCCAUCUGCUUGGCCAUUGGGCUGGGAUAGAAUCUGGCUGGCCUAGUACAGAUUCUGCCUGAGCCUCCUUAUUUAUUUUCUCUUGAGUCAAGCUGGCCCAGCCAGCACAGGCAGAAGCUAUGGCCGAAUGAGUUGGGUCUCACUCAGCCCAUCCUUCUGGGGUGUUCCCCAGGGUUAGGGUGCUGACAUGCGGGGAAGCGGUGGGGUACUCUUUGUGUAAAAUAGAAACAUGGUUUUGUACGAAAAUAAACAGGCUUGUAUAGAGA